AUGGCUCAGACUGCUAUUUGGGACGCUGAUGGCGUUCUUCGCUCCGAAAAUACACCUUAUAUUGAUUGCAUCGUGGGGGAUCUCGUGUCUGGCAAAGCGUUUGACUUUGUCUUGUUGUUUAAAUCCAUUGGGUUGAUCCACGAGCAAUCGGGAGACUUUGGGAGGAAAACCUUCAUCAUCUCUGAAGAGAUGCGAUUGGCUUUUGGUCGAGAUACGCUCUUUAUGGAAGAAUGGGCACGCCUUGUGCUGGUCUGUCAUGCAUUUCCAGGACACUGGGAAGAACAAUGGUUUCUUGAACACGGCCGUAUUCUGCUACCUCAACUACGACAUGCCUUUGAUUUUUGCCCUUCAAUGAAGAGCCGGGUUAUUGAUGAUCCAAUCCACGGGUACAAAGUGCUGCUGACACUUAUACUAUCAACGAGAGUGCCAGGCGCGGAUUGGAGAUUGAAAGCCAUCAAUAUCGCAGAAGACAUCCUUAGCGCCAAGCCCGAAUUUGGAAAUAGCAACCUCAUCUACCUCGAAAGCCUAUUGAAUCUGCGAAAGCUAGAGACCUCUCGUAGGCUUCAGAGUGCCCACUUCGAGAAUAGUGAUGAUCUUCACUCCCCAAUCGACGCUCGGUCAAAUUGCAUCCACGGAGCAUUGAUAAGGUCCAAAGCACAAGACUAUAUCAUGGAGAAUCCCUCAAACUUGGAAGAAGCGGAUCGCUUGUUGAGAACGUUCGGGUCAUGGGAUCCUAUGUCACCAAGCACUAUGGAGCUCUAUGAGAUCAACCUUCAGAAACUCAUACUCUGCAAAAUCCGGCGCUGGAAAGCAGAGUUUGGCCAGGCAGUGGAACAAUUGGAUGCGUUAACUCACUUUUUUGGACACAAUUACGAUGACACAGGAUGCAACUUUUGGUCCCACUAUGCUGGCACGCUUUGUGAGCUGCACCGGUUUACUGAGGCGGAGGAAUGGUCGCGCCAUACAAUUGCGGCCCAUCAAGACCUCCAAUCAGAUCGCAUAUUUGCCACUGGUCAGAAAAGAUACCGAAUGCUACGGCUUUCUCUCGCCGAAACGCUUUUGUCCAAAUCUUUUGUGGAGCAUGGUUUUGCGCUCUGCGAAACCGAAAACGACUUGGUCCCCGCAGAGCUAGAGGAAUCGCUAAUGAUAUAUGAAGAGCUGAACAAAGAGUAUCAAACACUGGCUAGAAGAGAUUGGGCCUCGCGCCUCGAACAUUUACGAGUCGUUCUGGGUAAAGCGAUGAUAGUCCACAUGCGCGGUCUACUGGAAGAUGCUAAGCAGCAUUGGAACAACGUAUUGACCAUCGUCCAGUACUGUCAGGAAAACAAUCAAGUCACCGGAUUCUUGGAAAUGGUUGUUCAAUAUUGCAGGUGUGAUAUCGCGGCACGACAAGAGGAUUAUAACGAAGCGCACCUCUUUUUAAAAGCCGCAAAAGCCCAAUUUGCGGAUAUCGGUCGGGAACAUUGGUGGACCUGCAUUGGGACAGACUUCUUGGACCAUUUACGCAAUUCACUUGCGAAGAGAGAUAUGAUCUCGGGAAUUGACGAACGCUGA